AUGGUGUCUGCUGGCGGUGGCAUAAUCAUUGCCAUUGUGCUCGUCUUCGUCCUCGGUGCUAUAGGCUGGGUUCUUUUCACGCAGCUGCGGGCGCGUAACCUGGGUCUCCCAACCCCCUCUCUAUCCGACUAUCUACCAUGGAAACGAAGCGGUGGCGGCUCCUACAGUCCACCCCGCCCCGCCUCCGGAGGCGUAGUCGGCUGGUUCAACCAGCAGGUACAAAAGGUCAAGGGCCGCGGUGGCGGCGGCGGCGGCAAUCAGCGAUCCGCCAGGGGUGCCUAUGAGCAGCAAGCGGGGGGAGGGUCCGCCGGGACCGGCCAUCGCGGGUUCGGCCCCCUCGAUCCGGACGAGGCAUGGGAUACGCGUGUCGACGACGCGAACGACUACGAACACUACGAGCGGGGACGGUCCGGUGCCGGGACUGGCGCCAACCGCAGGGACAGCGCGGAUAGUCUGGAGUACCAGGGUGCCGGCGCCUACGAGGGCAUCAACCUGUCUUCUUCGUCGGGACCGUACGGAGCGGAGGACGAGGAGAGGGGUCGUCGACCCGAUAGGCGGAACCCGUUUGAUGACGAUGCUGGCAAUGAUUCGAACCUCCGAGGUAUGAGUCCUAGACCUACGGAGGGUCAUGACAAGUCUACCUUCAGAGAGCAGGUCUAA